GACGGGAGGGACACAGCGGCUGGAGCGGGAGCCGCGGCGGCCGCCGAGUCCGGGCGCCGGCGCCGGACGACGAUGAGGCAGCCCGCGGCGGAUUCAGGGUGAGAGUCUGAGCCCUUGUGAAGCCAGCGAUGACAAGUCUGGAUGGUCGCCAUGCCGAGAGAACCAGUGACAUGACCAGACCAUCGGCCCCCCGAGUGCAUGUGCAGAGGUCUGUGUCCCGCGACACUAUCGCCAUCCACUUCUCGGCGGCCGGCGAGGAGGAGGAGGAAGAGGAGGAGGAGUUCAAGGAGCACUUUGACAAGGGGCUGGACGACCAAAGCAUUGUGACAGGCCUCGAAGCCAAGGAAGACCUUUACUUUGAGCCCCAGGGCGGCCAUGCCCUGGCUGCCCAGCCCCGCCUGGCUGAUGGCACGACCGCCCCUGCCCUUCUGCCCGUCUCCGAGAGCUCUGCCCAGCUCUUGGAGAACCUUUCUCCUGCUUCCCAAGUAUUAAGUCCAGUGCCAGUGGCCCUGUCCCCAGCGUCCUCUUCGUCGUUGCCCUUAGCCAGCUCCCCCAGUGUGUCUUCCCUUUCUGAGCAGAAAACCAGCUCCUCCUCGCCGCUGUCCUCCCCGUCCAAGUCGCCCGUGCUCUCGUCCAGUGCCUCGUCCUCCGCCCUGUCCAGCGCGAAGCCCUUCCUGAGCCUCGUGAAGUCCCUGUCGACUGAGGUAGAGCCAAAGGAGUCACCACAGCCACCCCGACACAGGCACCUGAUGAAGACGCUCGUCAAGUCCCUGUCCACCGACACCUCCAGGCAGGAGACGGACACUGUGUCCUACAAGCCCCCCGACUCCAAGCUGAACCUGCACCUCUUCAAGCAGUUCACGCAGCCGCGGAGCACGGGUGGAGACUCCAAGACGGCCCCCUCGUCGCCCCUGACCUCCCCCUCCGACUCGCGCUCCUUCUUCAAAGUGCCCGAAAUGGAGGCGAAGAUCGAAGACACGAAGCGCCGCCUCUCCGAAGUCAUCUACGAGCCCUUCCAGCUCCUGAGCAAGAUCAUGGGGGAGGAAAGUGGCAGCCACAGGCCCAAAGCCUUAUCUUCAAGUGCUUCCGAACUCUCCAACCUGUCCGGCUUGAACGGCCACUUGGAAAGCAGCAACUACAGCAUCAAGGAAGAGGAGUGCGAUUCGGAGGGGGAUGGCUCCGGCAGUGACCCCAGUGCCCCUCGGGGGGACUCCCCCAAGUCCAGCGAGGUGGAGGUGGAUGUGAAAAGCUCCUCGGGGGUCAGUCUGCGGGACCUGGGCCUGAAGACAGGCUCCCUGGUCCUGGAGAAAUGCUCUCUGUCCGCCCUUGCAAGCAAGGAGGACGAGGAGUUCUGCGAGCUCUACAGCGAGGACUUCGAUGUGGAGGCUGAGGGGGAGAGGAAGGCCGACAAGCCCCCCGAACCCCCUCUGGCCGACGACGGGGCCGCCCUGGACAGCGACGAGGAGAGGGACUUGGCCCUGCAGCAACCCCCGUUACCGGUGAAGACCUUGGGCUUCUUGAUAAUGUGCGUCUACGCGUACCUCAUUCUCCCCCUCCCUGUGUAUGUCAGCGGACUCCUGCUGGGGGUCGGGCUCGGCUUCAUGACUGCGGUUUGCCUGAUUUGGUUUUUUACACCACCAAGUGCUCACAAAACUCACCGAUUGCAUAAAACUCAGCAACACUGGAACACAAGACCUCUGGACAUCAAAGAACCGGAAAUACUCAAGGGUUGGAUGAAUGAGAUUUACAACUACGAUCCAGAAACCUACCAUGCGACUUUGACACAUUCAGUCUUUGUUCGACUGGAGGGUGGCACCUUAAGACUUUCAAAGCCCAAUAAAAAUAUAUCCAGGAGGGCAAGCUACAAUGAGGCAAAACCAGAGGUUACCUACAUCAGCCAGAAAAUCUACGACCUCUCAGACAGCAAGAUCUAUCUUGUGCCCAAGAGUUUGGCCCGGAAAAGAAUCUGGAAUAAGAAAUAUCCCAUUUGUAUCGAGCUUGGCCGACAAGAGGACUUUAUGGCGAAGGCCCAGCCUGACAAGGAGCCUUCUGAAGAAAAGCUGCCAGCUGAGAAAGAGUUGGGGGGUGAGGACCCAAAGAAACCAGCCCACUCCCAGGAGGGAACAACACGGGCAGGCCAACGAGAUCAGAUACUGUAUCUCUUCGGGAGAACUGGCCGAGAGAAAGAAGAGUGGUUUCAGAGAUUUAUUCUGGCAUCAAAGCUGAAGUCGGAACCCAAGAAGCCAUCUGGCGUCUCUGGAGCAAAACCAGGUGUUUUGCCCUCACACAGCAGACACAGCAGUCCCUCCGGGCACCUCACUCAUAGCCGCAGCAGCAGCAAAGGCAGCAUGGAGGAGAUCAUGUCCCAGCCAAAGCAGAAGGAGCUGGUCGGCGGUGUGCGGCAGAAGAUGCUUCUGGAUUAUAGCGUGUACAUGGCUAGGUGUAUCCCCCAAGAGAGCCGGAGCACCCAAAAGAGCCCCGUGCAGAGUGCAGAGAGCAGCCCUACCGCCGGGAAAAAGUUGCCAGAGGCUUCUGCGUCAGAGGAGGAAGAACAGGAGGCCUGGGUGAAUGCCCUGCUCGGGAGGAUGUUUUGGGACUUCUUAGGAGAGAAGUACUGGUCUGACCUAGUAUCUAAGAAGAUCCAGAUGAAACUCAGCAAAAUUAAGCUUCCCUAUUUUAUGAACGAGCUGACACUGACAGAACUUGACAUGGGGGUAGCUGUGCCACAGAUCCUGCAGGCCUUCCAGCCUUAUGUUGAUUACCAAGGACUCUGGAUCGAUUUGGAAAUGUCCUACAAUGGGUCCUUUCUGAUGACUCUCGAGACCAAAAUGAAUUUGACCAAAUUAGGUAAAGAGCCUCUUGUUGAAGUCCUGAAGGUUGGAGAAAUUGGCAAAGAAGGUUGCAGGCCCAGGGCCUACUGUCUGGCCGACAGCGACGAGGAGUCCUCCAGUGCUGGCUCCUCUGAUGAAGAUGAUGCCCCAGAGCCCAGCACUGGCGAUAAACCACUUCUCCCGGGAACUGAAGGGUAUGUGGGAGGCCAUCGAACAAGCAAGAUUAUGAGGUUUGUCGAUAAAAUUACCAAAUCGAAAUAUUUCCAAAAAGCUACAGAGACGGAGUUCAUUAAAAAGAAGAUCGAAGAAGUGUCCAACACGCCCUUGCUGCUAACCGUGGAAGUACAGGAAUGUCGGGGAACCCUGGCAGUCAACAUUCCACCUCCCCCAACCGACCGGAUCUGGUGCGUACGGUUUCGGAAGCCACCAUAUGUAGAGCUGAAAGCUCGGCAACUUGGAGAGAGAGAAGUGACUUUAGUUCAUGUGACAGACUGGAUAGAAAAGAAACUGGAGCAAAGAAAAGUCUUUGUCAUGCCAAACAUGGACGAUGUUUGCUCCUGGAUGCACUCAGCCAUGGACCCUCGCUCUGCUUCCUGCCUUCUCAAAGACCCGCCUGCAGAGGCGGACUGACAGCUGUAAGGGGCAAGGAGCUGGCAGUCCAGUAUUGAGGUCUAGUUCAACUGUGGGGUUCAUGGCAGCCAUCUGCAGUAGCACUGGCCUCUCCCGUGCCACAGCUUCUGCCCUCUGCCCGCUGGUGCCCAUCCCACUGAGGUGUCACCCUGCACCCAUUGGCUGCACUGCCUGUUGCAAAGCUUUGACUCCACUAAGACUUUGGGAGCACGUCUUGGAGGGUCCAGAAGUCACAAACCACUCACUUGGCAGCAGCACUAAAGCACAUGAAGAGCAAAACUGUACUAGAGGCUUCCAAGGACUUCAUUCUUCCUCUCCUCUGGCAGCAAAUGCACAAAUGGUACUUUUCACUCCUAGUUUGGGGGUGCCACCAUUCUCUCCUAGGAGUAGCAAUGUGGCAGAGCAGGGGUAGGGGGUAGGUAGGGAGUGGAAUGUUGUAAAACCAUCAGUGAGAUCCACAUAGCAACUUUUUCAUAUUCAAGUGUGCAUUUUGGGAGCAAGUAGCCAUAGAACACACAAACUCGGGUGAGACAGUGGGCCUAGCCACCAACAUUGAGGGCAAAGCCAUGAGAUCAAACCAUUCCAACAAGCCUUUUACCAAUGAGGUACAAUCCUGGUUGCUAAUUCCAAACGUUUUUUCCCAGAGCAUUCAUUUGAGGAAAUGUCAAGAGGCAUUAUCCCAGAAGCUAUGUAGUACCCCUUCAUAGUCUGGAUAAUCCUGUGGGCAGUUUCCUUUCCUGAUGGCCAAAAGGGGAAAGUAAGACCCAAUUUUGCUCGACUUCAAACACUACAUAUAUCCCCACACAAUGUGUGACCUUUCAUGUUGCCAAGUUUCUUUUGUAUGUUUGUGUCAUAACGUAGUUUACAAGUUUUGGGGGCUCCAGUUGUUUUGUUCUGCAUUGAAAAGAUCCACUGAACUGCAUUCAACAUCAAAAUUACCUUGGCUCUUGGUAAUUCACAUCUGUGGACAAAGCUAAUAGUGAUGUUUUUUUAAACAGCACCUUGCCUGAAUGACUUUAAAGAAAUUAAUAUAUUGAAAAAAAUAUAUUUGAACCCUCCCUUCAUUGUUAUCAUUAAAACAUGACUUCACCAGGCCA